AUUCAUCACCGACAUUUUAGUGGCAGAUGUCCAGACUCUCUACUUCUAGGGACUCUACACUAUAUCAACCCGUAUGCAACCAUGUGAUGCAUCACGAUGGCCGCGAGUGUCGCGACAAUGAUUGUCGUGAUAUCAUGGCUUUCCUAACCCGUAACCUGAACUGAAUCGGCAAUAUAUCUCGGUUUGCGGGACAGACGACAUUUUUUUUGCCGAUCGUCGCUAAGAGAAACUUAUUGUAUACGUUUUCGACACGGAGUGGUGCUCAUUAUAGCCGUUUUAUGUGAUUAUGGUGUUCCACAUGCACAUCACAUUGAAAGAAGAAUCAGAACGAGUAUUCGUCUCCAAAUUACAACAAGCAACAAUUUUCCUUAAAAUCUCACUGAAGUGUGAGCUAGCAAGUCGUUCGCGGUGGCGUCUAGAUAUAACACCUGUGGCUGCACUUGACUCACGAGAAGGUUUCCAGCGGCGCGGCCACCUAACGGUGGUGCCAGCACUCACUUGUUUGCGUGGAGUCUUAUACAUACGGCGGGACCGCAUAGCGGCUGUACACGCGCUUGCUUGUUUCAUCGUAUGUUGUGACGAUCGGUGACCGAGCCAUAAUGUUAUAUAAAAACAUAAUUAAUGAACAUUGUAAAAUACCUAAUUAAUGAUGGAAUAUAUAUUCAUAUUUUUUAAUAGAGUUAAAAAAAGCGAAAUCUAAAGAAAAAUUUGUUGGA